GACAUACGACGUCUCUCAACAUGAAGAGAAAAUACACAAUAUUUCAAUCUUACUCGCCGAUCUCUUGCAGAAUCUGAAAGCCAUCGUAUCUACCGUCGCCUUGCACAUAAAUACCACGCAAGAUGGAGGAUCAAUCAAAAUUCGCCAUACACGCUGCAGCCAGGGAGGGCAAGGUAAUGACCGUUGAAUCUCUGCUGAACGCAGACCCAAAGCUUGCCCGUUUGCAGGACGACGACGGCAGGCUACCGAUCCACUGGGCAGCAUCCUCAAACCAGCCCGAGAUCGUUUCGCUGCUGGUCCAGCAGAAAGGCUUUGACCCUGACAUUCAGGAUGAGAGUGGCUGGACGCCCCUUAUGAUCGCCGGGAGCGUGAAAGACGGCGAGAAGAUCGUCGACCUACUUCUGUCCAAGGGGGCUGAUGUGAACCAGACCAACAACAGCGGCCAGACGGUGCUCCAUUUUGUAGCGUCCAAGAACAACAUGGAUGUAGCUCGGAAACUCUUCGAGCAGAAGCCACCCGUCUCCGCGAGGGUUCGGGAUAAGCGAGGACAGUAUCCUCUGCACCGGGCUGCCGCUGUGGGAUCAGUGCCGAUGAUCAGCCUUUUGAUCAAGAACAGGAGCCCCUUGAACGCCACAGACAGCACUGGCUACACGGCUCUUCACCACGCUGUUGCGGAAGGACACGGUGACGCGGCCCUUGCGCUCCUCCAGGCCGGCGCGGACAAGGAUUUAAGGGACAUGGAGGGACAUCUGGCGCUCGAUCUCGCGCCUGAUACAGAGGUCAGAAAGUAUAUCGAGCGGAUGGCAGAGGGUGAAGGCAUCGAGCUCCAUAGAGUGCGGGCCUGACUGGAACGGGUGGUUUUGAAAUGAAGUCGGGGUAUGAUCAUUAAUAAUGUUUGCCUUUAGCUUCCUUUAGGUAUAAAAUGGCCCAUCACUUCACAGUCC